AUGGCUGUCCUCAUCACCGGCAGCUCAGGCAAGACCUCCGGGCGCCUUGCUCGCCUCAUGGAGAAAGCCAACAUCCCCUACCUCCUGGCCUCUCGUCGCGGCCCCGAAGCGGUCCCCCAGGGCAUGCCCGCCAUCCGCUUCGACUGGUCGGACGAAUCGACGUUCAAGAAUCCCUUUGAGUACAAGUUCCCUGGCGAUGCCAAGAUCUCCUCUGUCUACCUGGUCGCCCCCGCCAUUCCGGAUCCCGCGCCACUCAUGAAUGCCUUCAUCGACUACGCUGUCAAGGACCAUGGUGUCAAGCGUUUCGUCCUCAUUGGCGGCAGCACCAAUACCCUUGGAGGCCCAUACAUCGGCAAGGUGUGGCAGCACUUAGUGGACCAGAAGCUAGGGUACGCGGUGCUGCGUCCCACGUGGUUUAUGGAGGGCGCCCACAUCCAUACGAUCAAAGGCGAGAGCAAGAUCUACUCUGCCUGUGGCGAUGGCAAGAUUCCCUUUGUCAGCGCUGAGGAUAUUGCAGCCGUUGCCUUCCAUGCUCUCAUGGACGAGAAACCACACAAUACAGACCACUCCAUCGUGGGACGGGACCUGUUGUCUUUUGACGAGGUUGCGGCAAAGAUUGGCACUGCGAUCGGUAAAGAAGUGGAGCACGUCAAGCUCACCAGCGAAGAGCGUACCAAGCAACUCCAAGGCUUUGGUCUCCCCGAAUACCUGGCCCAGUUUCUGACAUGGCUCGAAGUCAAAACGGCUGAGGGCCACGAGAACUUUCUUAACGAGGUCGUCAAGGAGGUGACUGGACGUGCUCCGGUGGGAUUUGAUGACUUUGUCGCGCAGAACAAGGCAGCCUGGCAGUAA